CAGACGCAGACGUGCUCCUCCGAGGAGCAACACAGGACCCCUCCCACCAGGAGAAGAAGGAGGCGCAGACUCAAGACCAUGUUCUUGUCCCGGCGGGGGCUGCAGCGCUGCUGCCUGGCGGUGUUCCUGCUCGUCUCCCCGGUUCCUCAUGACGGACGGCCCGUGGACGCCGUGAGCGGCAGAACGAGGCGCUCGGUGACGCACACUCAGCUCAUGCACGACAAAAGCCGGACGCUGCAGGACUUCCGGCGCCGCCUGUGGCUGCAGGAGCUGCUGGACGUGGUCCACACGGCCGAGAUCCGAGAUCUACCGGUGCGGACGGCGCCGGGGGCCGGGCUGCCAGGGGCGGGCCUCGGCGUCAGCCCGAGCACCACCGGCAGCACCCUCCUCUCCAAACCCCCCGGAGGAGGAGGAGCCAAGAACCUCCCCAUCAGCGUCCAGCUGGAGGAGGAGGAGGGAACCAACCUCCCGCAGGAGACCAACAAGUCCCAGACCUACAAGGACGGCGUGAUGAAGGUUCCCGGGAAGAAGAAGAAGAAAGGGAGGUCCGGGCGCAGGAGGGAGGGGGAGAAGAGGAAGAGGAGGGCGCGCUCGCUGGACGAAGGUGGGAGUGGCCUCCAGCUGGAGAGGAGGUCUCUGCUCCACCUGCAGAGGGCGCUGCUCUGAAACCCUGUCAGUCUCUGACACAGAAUGGCUGGACGCUGCGCUGGACUCCUGAAUGCUCACAAUAGCGCCUCCUGGCUGUGAUUGUUCGGAAAGAAAUCAGAAAAUAUUUAUUGUGUGUAAAUAUUCUAAAGUCUUAUUGAUGCUCUGUGGGGCUGUCUGUGUAACCCCGGUUCUUUUGCAGUAAUUUAUUGGUCUAAAUUGUGUAUUUAUUUUGUAAAUGUACGGAGGAGCUGCUGACCUUCUAUAUUUUUGUACUAUAUUGCACUUUAAAUACAUAAAUAUAUAAACUCUGGACUCGA